GAAUUUCCGUUGGAGGUCCGGCAAGAAGCGAUCGGAUUUUUUAGCAAGGAAAGAACCUCAACUUUCUGCUCUUGAUCUCGAGCUCUGCAGAGGGAUGAUGAGGAGCAUGGAUAAGCGGCUGAAGGGCGAGUCUCUUCGAAACGAUACAACCACGCGAUUGGAGGGAGAGAAUUCUCGGUUGGGUGAAACGCAAGGCAUAAUGGCUGAUAUGGACGCCAUUGGGAGCAAGAGGAAGCGAUCUGAAGAGGAAUCUCCUGUGAAGCAACAAACCGAGCUUAACUGUAUCUGGGAUGCAGAAUUAAAGUCAGAUUUCGCAGAUCUUGUUUGGUACACGAUGAUUCUGCAACGCAAUUUGAACGUUGACAAGUACAAGGAAUUCCUCCAGAUUAUGAACGGUGUACGGCAAAGAAGGAUAUCUCGAGUUGUGGCUGUAAAGAAGGUGAAAGAGUUGCUCCGUGAACAUCCUAGGUUACUUUUGGGCUUCAGUGACUUCCUAACCAAGGGAUUGGAUGAAACUGAUCUUUCCAUCACUAUGAAAGGACCAGACUAUGAGGAUUGUUCAUCUUUCUUUCUCAAAAUAAAGAGUCGUUUCUCUCGUAAAGAUAAAAAGUGGAAGUCAUUUAAGAAAAUUAUGAGCUUAUAUAUUAAUAAAAAAUGGUCCAUUGAUGGAGUAAUCCAGGAGGUGAUAAUGCUUUUUCAGGGCCAUGAUGACUUGGUCGAACAAUUCAUUUCUUUCAUACCUAGUUGGUUCGAAAAAGUAGCUGCUAAAGAUUGGCCUCUUUCUGAAUAUGCUGGCCUUUAUGGGAUCAGAGAUAUAGAAAGUCCUUGUUAUUAUUGUCUUCUGCACUCAAUUCCUCGGUCAAGUCAAGCGGCUAGUCUUGAAGCAUCUGUAAUAAAUCAUCGGCUGAUCUGUGUAGCACCUGGAAAUGCUUCUGAAACUUUUGAGUUGAGAAGAAAAAGCAUAUAUGAAGAAUGCCUAUUGAGAUGCGAGGAUGAUAGAUACGAGCUGGAUAUGCUUUUGAGAAAGCUGGCUUCAACUGCAAAGAAAGUGGAUAGUUUACUGGAGAAGUUCCCCACUGACAAAAUUGGCCCAGGAACUGCAUUUGUUGUUGAAUCUCACUUCACUGCUGAAGAUUUGAGAUGUAUACAACAGCUUUACAGCGACUUUGGAUCAGAAGUCAUUUGUCUUCUACGUACAAAUGGAAGCAUCAUAUUGCCUAUUAUACGAAAUCGUUUACAACAAAAGCUAGAGGAAGGGUCAAGAAAGCGAGUGGGCUUGGAAAAGGUUUGGGCUAAAGUUGUUGGCGAGUAUCAUCUGAAAUCACAAGUUGAUGGAAGCUAUUAGAGGAACCAGAAAGACAACUCAAGGGUGGGAAGGAAGUUUCAACUAUAUCAGAUUUCGGUCUGAUCGGCCUGAGUUAUCUUCCUUUUUUAUGAUCUUGUGAUAAGAUCACACAUUACGGACAUGGUCUAAUUUAUUCACCUUCUUUUGGGUGUUUACAUGAAGAUUCUACUGACGUUACCUACGCUACAUCGUCAAACAGAUUUAACUCUCGAGCAAUCAAUCAUUAAGG